AUGGCUUAUCAAACUUGCAAAUUAACAAGUCAAGUAUUUGUGGAUGGUAACAGUCAAAAAAAUUACCCAGUUGCGAUAGUAGUUCCAGAUUUUACUGAAUUGCGUUCCGCUCUAAGCAAUAGUAAGGUACUGCAGGAUCAUAAAAAGCUUCUGGAUUCUGAACUCUGUCGAAAUGAAACUGUUAAUAAAUUCGUUUUGGAGGAAAUGAAUACCAUAGCGACACUAAAACUGUUGAAGGGUUUUGAAAAGGUCCAGGCAAUUUACUUGACAGACGAGGCGUUUACGGUAGACAAUGGCUUAUUGACUCCAACAAUGAAACUAUCACGUAACAAAGCUCGAAAUUAUUUUUCAAAAACAAUAGUUAGUUUAUACACACAGCAUGAGCUUAAUUCUUCUCCUACUUAA